AUUUGUACCACCAGCUUUUACAAUCUGUUCAGUAUGCAAGUCAAGAACGCAAUCAUAUGCGACUCCCGGCCACACACCUGCUGCCAAAUUUUGGUAUGAAUUGCGACGGCUCCCGGGCAAGUCAUUUCGGUAGAUUUUGUAUCGGAAAGCCGCAAUAUGCUGCAAUUGGGGCCGAAUCAGCGAGGAUGAUCCCUGCAACGACGCACAUGAUAUGUAUCUUGUAAGUUUUAAAAUUACGGUAUGUCAGAUCGAGGUUGCAAGAGGAGCUGGAGCACGAGGCUGAAGGGGCCAGGGCGGAGCCUAUGUUCUCUUUGGGAUUUUGAGCCAGUUGAGCUCCUGAUGCGCAGGCUGCGGUGGUGAUCACGUAGGUCGGCAUGAAGGGCUUGUCUGCUGGCCCGGGGCAGCGCGGCAAGCGGGCCACCGCAGGUGGUGGGGGGCCUGACUUCAACAAGUUCCUGAAGCUUACGCAGGAGCACCAGGCCAGGGAAAGGAGCAGCAGCGGGACACAACAAGAAGCAAGGGGCACCUCCUUGCACGACCUGCACGAGCAAGGAGGUGUUCCGUUUGACGGCACCAGCUCAAGCAACAUAGGUAGCGCCCGUCAGAGUGGUGGCGCCACACAGCCUGAGAAACAAGGCAGGGGUUUUGAAGCAACCCCAGAUGUAUCAUCAACCCACUCUCAGAACGACGCAGCAGCAUGCUGCGAUGCGGGAGCAAGUGCCCCGCAGCCAGGGGCCAUGCUCGGCGGUCAUGGGGAGGACGGCUCCACAGAGCUUCAGGAGCAACCGAGCGAUGUGUUAGCAGCGAUUCAAUUGCUUCAUAGUCAAUUUCCAAAAGUUCGAAAAAAAGUCGAUGUCUUGCCGGUCAUCCUCAGGACGCAGGUCUACAGCAUUGUGAAGAACAGGACCGAUGUGGACAGGGAGGCCGAGGUGCUCAAGCAUCGGCGACGGAUCCGCCUGUUCAAGCUGGUCACUUCCGGGGACGACUAUGCCAUCAUGCUGUGGGAUGACUACACUGCGCAAGUCCGCCAGGCGCAGGCGCAAGCGGCGUCCAAGAGCCCCCCAGAACACGUGGUGGUCUUUGACUGGUUCUUGGAGAGCGUGCUUCCUGGCCAUGUGGAGGUCGGCAUCAGCCAUGCACUCCUGUGGCGGCUGCUGUCUGGACCAGGCCGGCCGCCUGUGCGCGAGUACCAUGUGUCUUUGCUCCUCCAGGCGGGCCUGCUGGUGCGCCAGCUGGCGGAUAGCACCGCCUUCUGGUUCGCCAUCCCCAACGUGGGCCUUCUCGUCAAGAGCGUGGUCCAGGGCCGGAAGGAGCUGAUUGGGUACUUGUCCCGGCGCAAGUACCGCGAGAUGCUGCACACGGAGCUGAGCCGCAAAAAUCUGCGGUACUCCAUCUUAGGGAUGCGGUUUCACCUUCGCGACCUGCUAGGUUCUGGCAAGGCUUUUACCGUGUCCACGACAGUAGGACCACUCAUCCGUCUGGCAAGAGAUUGAUUUGGACGGUCCUUGACCCGACUAUCGAAGCUCUGGGGCAGAUGAGGUGCGUGCGAUCAGCAUUCUAUGUAACCUAUAUGAUACAAGGCCUUGUGUUUGACGAGCCGCCUGAGGGGGCCUGUGGGGCCCUCAUCGUUUAACACUCUGCAAUUGGGCCAACUGAGUUGCUCCAAUUUGGAAGGGCGAUUGAAGAAUCAUCACUGGAUAGAAUCCUAACCCUUUGGCUUGUAUGCAACUGCAAACCACACUCGAUUGCGUGGGAGUAACAUGAGUUUUUAGAUUAUCAGGGUGGCACGGGGUGACAAGCAGGCUCGGCCUAACUACUUACAUCGUGGCACGAGACUUACUGAAUUUCGCGUUUCUUAUGUUUGGCGGUAUAUACGGCAGUACGUGUGCAAACUGUGCA